AGACGGGGCCAAAACCGCUGCAGAGUUUCAUCCCCAUCCAUUCUUCCUUGGAGCGACCGAGAGAAGAGAGAGAGGGGGAGAGAGAGGAUGUCGGCGCGGCGAAGGGCGUAUCUGUUCUCGAAGAGUUUCUCGUCUUGCCGCUUGGUCUCUCCGUCGGAGGAGCCCUUCGGAGAGGCGAUGAGGCCGGCGCCGGAGGUAGGGGAGGAGGAACCGGCGGCGGAGGACCGGUGGUCGAGGAUGCUGCCGGAAUUGUUGGGGGAGAUUGUGAGGAGGGUGGAGAAGAGUGAGGACCGGUGGCCGCUACGGAAGAGCGUGGUGUCCUGCGCCUGCGUCUGCCGACGGUGGAGGGAGGUCACCACCGGCGUCAUCGGAAACCCCCGGGAGACCGGCAAGAUCACAUUCCCUUCGUCUCUCAAGCAGCCGGGGCCAAGUGACCUUCCGAUCCAAUGUUUUAUCAAAAGGAACAAGAGGAACUCCACGUUCUAUCUCUACCUCAGUUUGGCCAAGACAUUUAUGGAUAAAGGGAAGUUUCUCUUAGCAGCUCGAAGGUUUAGGCAUGGUGCACAUGUGGAGUAUAUCAUCUCUCUUGAUGCUGAUGACCUAUCCCAAGGAAGUAAUGCAUAUGUGGGAAAGUUGAGAUCUGAUUUUUUGGGCACCAAGUUCACAAUUUAUGACAGUCGGCCGCCAUUCAAUGGUGCAAAGGCAUCUAGCAGCCGAGCAGGCCGCCGUUUCACCAGCAAGCAAAUCAGCCCACAAGUCCCAGCUGGCAACUUCGAAAUUGGUCAAGUAUCUUACAAGUUCAACCUUCUCAAAUCAAGAGGACCAAGAAGAAUGCUGUGCACACUCCAGUGCCCUUCAGCGCCAGAAAAUAUGGAGGAUGAACCUCAUCCUCAGAAGAUGUUGAAGGAAGAAAACCAUGCUGGUUCGGUGGUUCUAAAGAACAAAGCCCCACGAUGGCAUGAGCACUUGCAGUGCUGGUGCCUGAACUUCCAUGGGCGUGUUACAGUUGCCUCAGUGAAGAACUUUCAACUGGUGGCAGCAGCAGAUCCCAACCAACCUGGAGAAAUGGGAAAUGAAGAGACCGUGUUGCUUCAGUUUGGGAAAGUUGGGGAUGACAUGUUCACCAUGGAUUACCGGCAGCCUCUCUCAGCCUUCCAGGCAUUUGCCAUCUGCCUCACUAGCUUCGGCAUGAAAUUUGCCUGUGAAUAGCGUGUUGUGGGUUUAUCCUAUUGUGCAAUGCUGAAUGGCAGUGACCAUGAUGUUACGGGAUCAUUUGUUUUAACAUUCCUUCCGGUGAAACCCCUAAAUUCUGUCGAGGUUGUAUUGUAUCUAUAUAGGUGUUUAUGGCCGGAACGAUUUUACAUUCCUUGCGA